AUGGGAAUCGAUCUCAACGACGUUAAGCCCUCUACUCGGACCCUGACAGGAUUCAACGGAUCUUCCGAGGUAAUCGCCGGCACGAUCCGCCUCUCGGUCCAUGCAUGCGGAGUCACGCAAACGGUCAAGUUCUCCGUGGUCGGCUCCAAAGCUCCUUAUCACGUUAUACUUGGCACCCCAUGGUUACAUUCGAUGCGAGCAAUCGCAUCAACGUACCAUCAGUGUGUUAAGUUUCCAGGAUCCGACGGAUCGAUCAAAACUCUGAAGGGGGACCAGCAGGCUGCACGAGACCUCCUGAUCGCCACGGUUAAGAUUCAGCGCUACCAGUCACUUGUCAACUCAAUCUCUCCCCUUGCGAGCAAAGUUUGUCCGCAGAAGGAAGAGGUUCUAGAAAUACAGGUUGAUGACUUGGACCCGAGCAAAUCCGUCCGAGUGGGCGCGUUUCUAUCCGACGAAAUGCAACAGAAGAUCCUCGAGUUUCUAAAGCAAAACUUGUCCUCAUUUGCUUGGACAAUGUCCGAUAUGAAAGGAAUCGAUCCAGCCAUCACAACUCACGAACUUAACGUUGACCCCAAUUUCAAGCCCAUCCGCCAGAAGAGAAGAAAGUUGGGCCCGGAUCGAUCCAAGGCAGUCGUAGAAGAAGUCGAGCGUCUACUCGGCGCUGGUUCGAUUACCGAAGUUCGUUACCCGGAAUGGCUUGCCAAUCCGGUGGUCGUUAAGAAGAAGAACGGCAAAUGGCGCGUCUGCGUCGAUUUUACCGAUCUCAACAAAGCAUGUCCUAAGGAUAGCUAUCCGUUGCCCAGCAUCGAUCGCCUAGUCGAAUCGACAGCCGGCAACGAGAUGCUGACGUUCAUGGAUGCCUUCUCGGGCUACAACCAGAUCCUGAUGCACCCGGACGAUCGGGAGAAAACUGCAUUCAUCACCGACCGAGGAACUUACUGUUAUAAGGUGAUGCCCUUCGGACUGAAAAACGCCAGAGCAACCUACCAGCGGCUUGUCAAUCAGAUGUUCGCCGACCAGCUGGGAAAGACGAUGGAAGUCUACAUUGACGACAUGCUCAUCAAAUCCCUCCGAGCUGACGACCACCUAAUGCACUUGAAGGAAUGCUUUGAAAUCCUAAACAAGUACGGGAUGAAGCUGAAUCCCGCCAAGUGCACUUUCGGCGUCUCCUCGGGCGAAUUUCUCGGUUACAUCGUCACGCAACGAGGAAUAGAAGCCAGUCCGAAGCAAAUCUCAGCGGUCCUUGAUCUCCCAAGUCCGAGAAACCGCCGCGAAGUGCAGCGACUAACAAUACGCAUCGCUGCGCUCAAUCGCUUUAUCUCCCGAUCUACCGACAAGUGUCUCCCCUUCUACGACCUCCUCCGAGGGAACAAGAAGUUCAUUUGGGAUGACAGGUGCGAGGACGCCUUCACUCAACUUAAGCAGUACCUGACGACUCCUCCCGUCUUAGCAAAGCCAGAUGUCGGGGACGUCCUAUCCCUCUAUAUCGCGGUCUCCUUAGCGGCUGUUAGUAGCGUCCUAAUCAAAGAAGAUCGAGGCGAGCAGCGACCGAUUUUCUACACGAGCAGAAGGUUGACUGGACCGGAAACCAGAUACCCAACCCUUGAGAAACUGGCUCUGGCCGUCGUCGAUUCUGCGAGGAAAUUACGACCUUACUUUCAAUCACAUUCCAUCGAAGUCUUAACCGACCAACCGCUCCGCACCGUCCUGCAAAAUCCCAACAGAGCUGGCCGGUUGACUAAGUGGGAGAUUGAACUGGACGAGCUCGACAUCACGUAUAAAUGCCAAACAACCGCCAAGUCCCAGGUCCUCGCAGAUUUCCUUGUAGAGCUCACACCCGAUCUUGCGCAGGACCUCGACGUUCCAAACCCCAACUGGAUCCUCCACGUCGACGGGUCAUCAACGAGCGAAGGAUCAGGUGCACGAGUCCAACUUCAGUCACCUACGGGAGAACUCAUUCGACAAUCUUUCAGUUUCGGCUACCCGGCCGCCAACAAUGAGGCGGAGUACGAGUCACUGAUCGUGGGCCUCCGUCUCGCCCGAGCCGUUAAAGCCAAACGCUUGAGUGCUUAUUGCGACUCGCAGCUCGUCGCUAGCCAGUUUAGUGGCGACUACGAUGCCCGCAACGACCGAAUGGAUGCAUAUCUCCGGGUAGUCCAAGAACUUGCCAGGGAAUUCAAUUUCUUCGAACUUACCAAGUUUCCCCGAGGAGAGAACGUUUGCGCCGACGCGUUAGCUGCACUCGGGAGCAAACUCCAUGACCAAGUCAAGAGGAUGAUACCCAUACAUCGAAUCGAUAGACCGAGCAUCGGCGCUCAUUCCGAGGAAAGUCCUCCCACUGCACCAAUCUCCGCAGCAACUCGACGAUCCACUGACGGUCCCAACGACACCGAGAUGCCCGAUUGUGACGACACCCCGAUCGAUUGGCGAGCAGAGUUCCUCGACUAUCUCAUCCGCGAAGAGUUGCCGACCGAUAAGUGGGCGGCGAGGUGCCUGAUGAGACGCAGCACCCACUACGUCGUUAUGAACGACGAACUUCACCGAGUAACCGCGAACAAGGUACACUUGAAGUGCAUCCAAGGUGAUGAAGUGCGCCGAGUGAUGGCAGAAACGCACGACGGAGCAGGAGGAAACCAUUCGGGAGGCCGAGCUCUCGCCCUCAAGGUUCGGAGCUCGGGCUUUUUUUGGCCAUCCAUGAACACCGACUGCGAAGCGUAUGCCCUACCGAGCUGUUGCGGACAUCUGCAGCUCCGUAUCCAUUCAUGCGAUGGGGCAUGGAUAUCAUCGGGCCGAUGCCAAACUCCCGCCAACGUCGCUUUAUCCUGGUCCUCACCGACUAUUUCACUAAGUGGAUCGAAGCCGAAGCCUUCUCUCAAGUGA